UUGCAUGAGAAGUUGCUAUCAACGUGGAUUGCAUUUUCGAGUGACGGCUUGCAAGGCCUUGUAGAGUUUGGUUUUCUCUUGCGGAGCAGCUCGCUUUGAGUCUGACACAGCCAGCGUAGGCAUCAAUUCCAAACCCAGCAUUUGAGAAAGGGAGCUGCUCAUUGGUAAUUAUUAUCAGGGAAGCUUGCCCAUUCAGCGCUGCCCUAAUUGCUUGAAUCAUGAUGGCUGCCGGCAAAAUGCAGCGGCUGUCCCUUCUUUGCGGUCUCUUGCUAGCUGCUGUGGCAGUGUGCGGUCUUCAGAGGUCUUUCCUGACGAUUGAUGCUCGUCCGAAUUCUCGGUCACAGACACCAUUGAUGCAUCAAGGACUUCCCCAGAUGCCUCGAGCAUCAUCCCUUGGCACAGAAUGGACAUCGUGGGCUGCCACAGGGGUGCUUGCAGUUGGCGCAGCUGCUUUGGCAUUGAAGUCCCACCGCCGUGAUGAAUCCUCAGCCACGAUGUUCUCGAAGCAUGACAAGCGCACCUUCCGCGGCAAGCUGCAUGCUCACACCUUCGGCAAAUACCGCCUCAGAAAGAACAAGGCUCGGCGCAUUCAAGCCAUCAAGAACGGGACCUUUGACCCAGAGAAGGUGGUUCAGAGGGGUCAGCCAGAGCCAGAGCACCCAUGGGAUCUUGACAACAUCCUUGAGAAUCCGAUCUACUAUGCUCCGGACUACUUCAAGGAGGUGCUCUACGACUACUGGGAUGACGUGAAUGAAAAAAUGCGCGAGAAAUGGCAGGACUACAUGGGCAUCAAGGGGAACCAGCGGUAUUUCAAGAACUGGACUCCACCCGGCAUGGAACCACCGCCAGCAAAGCCCGAGCCAAGUCCUCCUGCACCUUCAGGAUCCCCCAAAACACCGAAGUCAGAUCCUCCAGAAGAGAAACCAGCUUCGAAAAAGGCCGCACCAAAAGCGGAAAAGAAGCCUGAACCCAAGCCGGAGCCAGUGGAGGAGAAGGCUCCGGAGCCAAAGACAGAAAAGAAACCCGAACCCAAGCCAGAGCCAGCAGAGGAGAAGGCUCCUGAGCCAAAGGCAGAAAAGAAGCCUGAACCCAAGCCAGAGCCAGUAGAGGAGAAGGCUCCGGAGCCAAAGGCAGAAAAGAAGCCCGAACCCAAGCCAGAGCCAGCAGAGGAGAGGGCUCCUGAGCCAAAGGCGGAGGAAAAGAAGCCCGAACCGAAGCCAGAGCCAGCAGAGGAGAAGGCUCCUGAGCCAAAGGCAGAAAAGAAGCCCGAACCCAAGCCAGAGCCAGUAGAGGAGAAGGCUCCGGAGCCAAAGGCAGAAAAGAAGCCUGAACCCAAGCCAGAGCCAGUAGAGGAGAAGGCUCCGGAGCCAAAGGCAGAAAAGAAGCCCGAACCCAAGCCAGAGCCAGCAGAGGAGAAGGCUCCUGAGCCAAAGGCGGAGGAAAAGAAGCCCGAACCGAAGCCAGAGCCAGCAGAGGAGAAGGCUCCUGAGCCAAAGGCAGAAAAGAAGCCCGAACCCAAGCCAGAGCCAGUAGAGGAGAAGGCUCCGGAGCCAAAGGCAGAAAAGAAGCCCGAACCCAAGCCAGAGCCAGCAGAGGAGAAGGCUCCUGAGCCAAAGGCGGAGGAAAAGAAGCCCGAACCCAAGCCAGAGCCAGUAGAGGAGAAGCCAAAGGCGGAGGAAAAGAAACCCGAAACCAAGGCUGAAGCCAAAUCCUCCGCAGCCCCUAGUGCAAAGGAUGUGAAGGCACUCCGUGAAAGGUCCAAAGCAGGCAUUCUGGACUGCAAGAAAGCACUGGCAGAAACAGAUGGAGAUAUGGAAAAGGCUAUGGAGUGGCUGAAAAAGAAAGGAAUGGCAAAGGCCGACAAAAAAGCCGGAAAUGUCGCCGUGGAAGGUUGCGUUGCGUCAUACGUGCACUUCAACAACAAGAUCGCCGUCUUGGUGGAGGUCAACAGUGAGACAGAUUUCGUGGCCAACAACGCCAUUUUCAAGGAGUUCGCAGCAGAUGUUGCAAUGCAGGUGGCUGCCAACGAUGAUGUCGCCUAUAUGACUGUGGAUGACGUUCCAGUAGAAGAGAAAGAGAAAGAGAAGGCACUGGAGAUGAAAAAGGAAGACUUGGAAGGAAAGCCAGACCAAAUCAAAGAGAAGAUCGUUGCGGGCCGGUUGUCGAAGAAGUUCGAGGAGAAAACGUUGAUGAGUCAGAAGUGGCUGAAGGACGACAACAUUACAGUCCAAGAGGCCGUCAAGCAGAUCAUUGCAAAGCUUGGCGAAAACAUUGUCGUGCGACGAUUUGAGCACCUUAUCUUGGGAGAAGGCUUGGAGAAGAAGGAUCAGGACUUUGCUGCUGGCGUUGAGAAAGAGUUAGCCAAGUACAAGACUGAAGGAGAAGCCAAGGAAGAGCCGCCAAAGGAAGAGCCCAAGGCAGAGGAAAAGAAGGAAGAAAAGAAAGAGGAAAAGAAGGAAGAGAAAAAGGUGGUCACAGUGACAGCUGCCCAAGUGAAAGAGCUGCGUGGUCGUUCAGGAGCAGGAAUCCUGGAUGCCAAGAAAGCCCUGGCUGAAUGCGAUUGCGACAUGGAAAAGGCCAUGGAGUGGCUCAAGAAGAAGGGCAUGGCAAAAGCAGACAAGAAGGCAGGAAACUUAUCUGUGGAGGGUGUCAUCGCAUCCUACGUGCAUUUCAACUCGAAGUUGGGUGUACUGGUGGAGGUCAACAGCGAGACGGACUUUGUGGCAUUGAACGAAAUCUUCAAGGAGUUCGCCGCGGACGUUGCUAUGCAGGUCGCUGCCCAGCCCGAUGUGAAGUUUAUUUCAGUGGAUGAAGUGCCGGCAGACUUGAAGGAGAAGGAAAAGGCACUGGAGAUGGCGAAGGAAGAUUUGGAUGGAAAGCCGGACAACAUCAAGGAGAAGAUUGUUGAAGGCCGCUUGAAGAAGAAGUUUGAAGAGACCGCCCUCUUGGGCCAGAAGUGGCUGAAGGAUGAAGAUAAGACGGUUCAGGAAGUGCUGAAGGAGAAAAUUGCCAAGUUGGGCGAGAACAUUGUGAUUCGUCGCUUUACACGCUUGACCCUUGGUGAGGGCUUGGACAAGAAGGAUGCGGACUUCGCUGCGGGUGUUGAGAAGGAGCUCGCAAAGUAUCGGAAAUGAGAUGUGAAUAAUUCACAGCGGCAUAGCUUCUGGAGUGGCCAAGUGGCAGCCUCUGAGACUGGGAGGGCCAGUCCUUCCCAAGAUUUAUGUCUUGUUCAUG